UCCUGCCGGACUGCUGGAGGCGGCCGCAGCGCCAUGUUGAGCGAAAUCUCCCUUCUCAGUGAAAAAGGACUUUUAAAAUAACACUUACUGAAAAGCAAGAUUAAACAAGUCAAGCAGGAGAAGCCGGCGAGAUUCCUCCGGGAAGCAUAACCGAACCGGAUCAACGGAUACCCCGGCCGGGGAGGGGGAGACAACCCCCCACCGUCCCCCAUGAAGAUAAAACCCCAAUAAAACAUAGCUAGCUAGCUAACGUGCUAACGUUACUCUUUCCAUUAAAAAGGCAUUUUUAUAUCCCGGCUUGCCACCGGGAGUUAGCUAGCUUGCCUAGGCCUUGUGUGGGAAGAAUUAGUUGCCGUGUUUUUAACAUAGCUAGAUAGCCCGCUAGCUAGCUAUGUAUUCUUUUUUUACACCGCUGUAUUAAUAGCUAGCUAGCUAUUUCUUAUUGUACAUAUUUUCUAUAUUUUGUUUAAAUUUUUGCAAUGAGUUUGCCGCCGAAAGCGGUACCGAAAUCAGCCGCUGCCGCAGGAACUGGACCCGGACCUGGGCCAUCUCCAUCGAGCCAACUGCGGACUCCCCUGACCUCCGUGCCGCUACCGGGAGCCCCGGUCACUCCGCAGGCGCCCGCUGUGCCACCACCGCAGAUUCCCAGAAUCCAGCCACCCCUGGAGGACCGGAUCUUUCCUGCGCAGGCCGGAGUUGCGGCCGUCUACAGUGUUCCGAGGCCCACUGGCCCUCCAUACACAGCACACGAAAUCGCCAAGGGACACCCUAACUUGGCGGGCACGCCGCCCGGCCACGCCUCUUCCCCUGGCCUCUCUCAGGUAUCAGUAACCACAGCACAUCUAUAUCGCUAUCCUAAAGGCUGGGCGUCAGGUGGAGGGUCUCCUUACACCUCCGGGCAGAAUGCCGGCACCACCCAGCUGGUCUACUCUCCGCCCACGCAGCCAAUGAACGCACAGCCACAGAGUCGCCCGUUUGCAACGGGGCCCCGGCCUUCCCACCAUCAGGGAGGAUUCAGACCCAUUCAGUUUUUCCAGAGAACCCAGAUGCAAACGGCGCGUCCCACCAUUCCAAGCAACAGCCCUUCCAUCCGGCCGGGGUCCCAGACCCCCACGGCAGCAGUGUACUCCCCGAACCAGCCCAUCAUGAUGACCAUGACGCCCAUGCCCUUCCCCUCUCCUCAGGCUACGCAGUACUACAUCCCCCAGUAUCGCCACAGCACGCCGUACGUGGGACCCCCGCAGCAGUAUUCGGUGCAGCCCCCAGGGCCCAGCACCUUCUACCCCGGCCCCGGGCCGGGGGAGUUCCCUGCCCCAUACCCGGGUCCCCCAUACUAUACCGGACAGGCUGUCUACACCCCAUCUCCACCCAUCAUUGUGCCUACACCACAGCAACCUCCACCAGCCAAGAGAGAGAAGAAAACAUCCUCCCAGAUCCGUAUCCGAGACCCCAACCAGGGCGGCAAGGACAUCACGGAGGAGAUCAUGGCGGGGGGAGGCGGGAGCCGGAAUCCAACCCCCCCUGUCGGGCGGCCAUCCUCCACCCCGACCCCGCCCCAGUUUUUAUGUCCGCACCCUCAUUAUCCUCACAUUUUCUACCUCAAAUCCCAGCAGCUGGGCAGCCAGGCCCCGGACCCCGGGCCCGUUGGGUACAGUGUGGACAGCGCCCAGCUCCUCUCCUCCACCGUCGACUUGAAACCAGAUGAGAAGCCAAAGCUGGAGCCUGCAGCCCUCAAGUCUUCUUCCCCAGGGCUCCGGCUGCUCGACCCCCCCACGGAGAAGAGGGACAGCAGUGGCCCCGUUCCAGACCCCUCCCCCCCUGAGAAAACAGAGCUUCCCCCUCCGGGCCCUGUAGUGGCCCCCAGCGUGGCCCCUGUUCCUGCUGUCAGCCCCAGUAAACCGGCGCCAGUGGGGGAGACUCCUGAACCCCUGGCCCCCAAGGAGGAGCCCAAACCGGUCCCCUUGGCUGCCCCGCAGAGCGCAGACUCUGAGAGACCCCCUGCAGAGCCAGCCCGCAGCCAGUCCACCUCUCCAGCCCCGGUCCUGAAGGCCAUCAACGGGCUGACUGAAAAAGAGGCCGGCGACCUGGACGCUCCGCCCCCGGAGCCUGUCCGUCUGCCCUCCCCGCCCCAGAGUCAGCCUCUCCCACUGCCCCCUGACGCCCAGGAGCCCGUCUCCAGAGAGGCGCGGCCCGAGAGCCCCCCGGCCCCUCCCACGGCGGUCCCCGCGGCCCCCGCCACCCCGGCUGUCCCCGCCACCUCCCUUCCAAUAGUGGCCUCCGCUGCUGUCACUGCCGCUGCUGCUGUCCUGGCUCCGCCCCCCGGCCUGCCGCUCCUGGCGCAGGCAGGCACAGGCCCGGCCCUGAGGCCCCUGCUGGGUGCAGAGGCGAAAGACACCCUGUGCAGAUCAGGGGCAGAGGCAGAGGCCGUGCUGGACAGCACGGCGGACCCACAGCAGCUGGCCAACUCCAGAAAAAGCCCGAUUACAGCCCAAGCUGCUCCGACUGCACCAAAGACCUGGAAGAAGCCAAAAGAAGUGAGCCCUGUGGGAGAAGUGCUGGACAAGGAGAGGGAGGAAACACCUGUGGGGGAGGAGUCUGGUGACAAAGCCCUGCCCCGGGAGGCAGAGCGGCAGAGCCCCCCGCCCCCCGACCCAGAGGAGAGCGCCCCGGUCCUGGAGGAGAACGGGGAGCGCGAGCCGGAGCCCGUGAGGAACGGUGCGGAGCACGCCUCGGAGACGGAGAGCAGUGACAGCGGCGUCACCUCGGGCGAGAAGGACACCUCCACAGGGGCGCCCACUUACGUCUUCCAAGAAGAGCCUGUGGAGCCUGAUGGGAAGAGGCAGUAUGACAGGGACUUCCUGCUGGGGUUCCAGUUCAUGCCAGCCUGCGUGCAGAAGCCAGAGGGCCUGCCCCCCAUUGCUGAUGUGGUGCUAGACAAGAUUAACCAAAACAAGCUGCCGAUGCGUCCCGUGGACUCGCGGGUGAUCUCUCGGGGGCCUGACUUCACGCCCGCCUUUGCUGACUUUGGCAGGCAGAGCUCAGGAGGCAGAGGAACACCGCUGAUGAACGUGGGCCUCAGACGGCCCCCGCCGCGGAAGAUCAUCAUGAACGUGUCUGUGAAUGAUGAAGUGCAGCUGAAGAAGGCGGAGAAUGCCUGGAAGCCGGGGAUGAAGAGGGAGAGCGGGGCAGAUGACCCUGAAACCCAGAAAACACAGGAGCUCUUCCGAAAGGUGCGAAGCAUUCUGAACAAGCUGACACCCCAGAUGUUCAACCAGCUGAUGAAGCAGGUGACAGACCUGACCAUCGACACGGAGGAGCGUCUAAAAGGGGUCAUUGACCUGGUCUUCGAGAAGGCCAUCGACGAGCCCAGCUUCUCGGUCGCCUACGGCAACAUGUGCCGGUGCUUGGCCACGCUCAAAGUUCCGAUGGCGGACAAGCCAAACAGCACGGUGAACUUCCGCAAGCUGCUGCUGAACCGCUGCCAGAAGGAGUUUGAGCGCGACAAGGUGGACGACGACGUGUUCGAGAGGAAGCAGAAGGAGCUGGAGUGCGCGGCCUCGACGAGUGAGCGUGAGCGCCUGCAGGAGGAGCUGGAGGAGGCGAAGGACAAGGCCCGCCGGCGCUCCAUCGGGAACAUCAAGUUCAUCGGCGAGCUCUUCAAGCUGAAGAUGCUGACGGAGGCCAUCAUGCACGACUGCGUGGUCAAGCUGCUGAAGAACCACGACGAGGAGUCGCUGGAGUGCCUCUGCCGCCUGCUCACCACCAUCGGCAAGGACCUGGACUUCGAGAAGGCCAAGCCUCGCAUGGAUCAGUACUUCAACCAGAUGGAGAAGAUCGUGAAGGAGCGGAAGACGUCAUCUCGGAUCCGCUUCAUGCUGCAGGACGUGAUCGAUCUGAGAAUGCACAACUGGGUAUCCCGCAGAGCGGACCAGGGCCCCAAAACCAUCGAGCAGAUCCACAAAGAGGCCAAGAUCGAGGAGCAGGAGGAGCAGAGGAAGGUGCAUCAGCAGCUGCUGUCCAAGGACAAGAGGAGACCAGUGGUCCAGAGAGAGGAGACCUGGAACACGGUCCCUAUGACCAAGAACAGCAGGACUAUAGACCCCAGCAAGAUCCCCAAAAUCUCCAAGCCGACAAUAGAUGACAAGAUCCAGCUGGGGCCGCGGGCUCAGAUCAAUUGGGUCAAAGGCAGCAGUGGAGGAGCGGGGGCCAAGGCCAACGAAUCAGAUUUGUCGCGGUCCAGUGCCAGCAACCUGAACCGUUACUCGGCGCUCCAGUCGACCACGCCCCAGGCGGCCACGACCCCUCCCUCUCUGCCCACUGACUUUGACUCCAGGAGGAGUCUCAGCAGCCGCGGCAGCUCGGGGCGGGAGCGGAACGAUAAGCCGGCGAGCUCGGCGCCAUUGCGCACCACUUCCUUCUCCCGGGGCGGCAGCGCCAAGGAGCUGCUGGAGAGCCCCGCUCUGGCCGAGCUGCGCAGAGAGACCGCCGACACGCCCAAGCAGCCCAGUGCAGCCGAGGACCGGGCCGAACCGGACCGCAGGCCCAGGGACCCGGUGAAACCUGAGGCUCCAGCAGCACUGUGUCCAGAAAAGCCCCUCCUGUCAGAGGAAGAAAUGGAGAAAAAGUCAAAAUCCAUCAUUGAUGAGUUUUUGCACAUUAGUGACUAUAAGGAGGCUGUGCAGUGCGUGGAGGAGCUGGACCAGGCCUCUCAGCUGCACGUGUUCGUGCGGGUGGGUGUGGAGUCCACGCUGGAGCGCAGUCAGAUUACACGAGACCACAUGGGGCACCUCCUCUUCCAGCUGGUGCAGUCCGGGACCCUCUCCAAGUCCCAGUUCUUCAAAGGGUUUGCCGAAACGCUGGAGCUGGCCGACGACAUGGCCAUCGACAUUCCCCAUAUAUGGCUGUACCUGGCCGAGCUGGUCACCCCCAUGUUACGAGAGGGAGGAAUCUCUAUGAGAGAAUUAUUUAGUGAAUUUAGCAAACCUUUACUUCCUGUGGGAAGAGCUGGGAUAUUAUUUUCUGAAAUACUGCACCUUCUAUGCAAACAAAUGAGCCAUAGGAAAGUGGGGGCCUUAUGGAGGGAGUCUGGUCUGAGCUGGGGGGACUUCCUGCCGGAGGGGGAAGAUGUGCACAGCUUUAUCUCUGCCCAGAAACUGGACUUCACCCUUUCGGACUGCUCGAGUCCGGAUGAAGCACUUUCGAAGAGAGCGCUUUCCCCUGAGGAACUGAAUAAACAGCUGGAGAAGCUGCUCCUCGAGGACAUGGCGGGCGACGAACAAAUCUUCGACUGGGUAGAGGCAAAUUUAGAUGAAUCACAGAUGAGUUCACCUCCAUUCCUCAGAGCUUUAAUGACUGCUGUGUGCAAGGCAGCAGUGACAGGUGACGGCACGACUUGCAGAGUGGACACCACCAUCAUCCAGAGGAGGCUGCCUGUAUUACUCAAGUACCUUAACUCGGACACAGAGCGACAGCUGCAAGCACUUUAUGCACUUCAAGCAUUGAUAGUCAAACUUGAUCAGCCUCCUAAUUUGCUGCGGAUGUUCUUUGACUGUCUGUACGACGAGGACGUGAUCUCAGAGGACGCUUUCUACAAGUGGGAGAACAGCAAGGACCCCGCAGAGCAGCAGGGCAAGGGCGUGGCCCUCAAGUCCGUCACCGCCUUCUUCACCUGGCUCAGAGAGGCGGAGGAGGAGUCGGAGGAUAACUGACAGGAGGAGAGCAAGUCUUCGCCAAUUAGUGCAGAAUGGCCAACUGUUGCUGACAACAAGAACCGCUUCUUCGAAACAAAAAUGAAUUACAUAUGCACAGACGGGAGCUGAUUGGGGGUUGGAGUCACAUGGUACGGUACCCAAGAAAAGCAGCGAUUUCAGUUUGCAUUCAAAUGGCCAGAGCACUAAAUACAUGUAUUAUUUAUAGAAAAUAUUUAGUUUUAAAAUUUAAAACUUUUUUCUUUUGUUACUUUUUAAGAAGAGACUUAAAAAUACCAUUUCUGUGCAACAAAGAAUACAAUACAUAGGUUCUGAACUCUUUAAUUUAUUAUUUUUUUAAGGACUGCAAAUAUGGAAGUUUAUUUAACAUUUGCAGAAGCUCAAAAACACGGAGAACAUUGACGGUAAUAGAAAUAAUAAUAACAAUAAUAAUAAUGAAUAAUAAUGACACUGAUAGCCUCCCUGAAUUCCAAGCCUUUUGAUUUAUAAAAAUAAAAGUUACUUUGGGGAAGGAGGGAGGGCAAGGUUACAGGGAGGGUUGAUGGUUUAAGAGUUCAAAGGUUAAAGGUUAUUGUGAAAUAACCACAAGAACCGUUUCUUCUGCUUUGGCUUGCUCUAUUGGAAAUGUAUAUAAUCCUCCAAACAGGCAAAAAUCAACAUUCAGGAAACCAAGCAAUCUGCAAAAAGAACUAGAAAUAAAAAAAAAAAAACAAAAAGAACAAUGCAGUACACAAAGAAAAAAAGAAAUGCACCAACCUGUGCAGAAACACGUUUACGUGACAUUGCUGAUUCUAAAGAGCUUGUAACUCCUCAGACUCAUAGAGCAAAUUUAAAGCUUGUAAAUACAUUAAAGACAAAAAAGAUAUU